AUGAAGGAGGCCAUCGGCCGACUGAGGAUUGGCUAUUCUACGGCCUCCCCUACCGCCCCUACCCAAAAUUGGCCAUUCCAGGCCCCUGCCGGGUCAAAGGUGUGGUUGGCCAACAAGGGCAAGCCACCUAGCAGGGGGCCCGGUAGAGACAGCAGCAAGAGGUGCUGUGGCUUCAGCACUGGAGGUGCUGGGGUUGACUGCAGCAGCAACGGUGGCGCCACCUGGUGGCACGGUGAGGGACUGCAGCGAUGGCGGAGCGUUCAUUCAAUAGGGUUUUCAGUGCAUUUAUCUUAAGCCACCCCUUUAAGGCUAUACCAACUGAAGGGAACUAACAGUAAAUCGGUAGUGUAAUAUGUGUUGUUAUUAGGCCUACUGACGGUCUAUACUUAGAGUGGCUCCUCUGGUCAUAAGAUCUAAUAUUGAUUAGAUGUAUUAUUACAUUACACUGCUGUUCAUUGAUUAUUGAUUGCCAUUAGUAUCUAUCUAUUUAUCCUGCUACUGGUCGCUAUUACUCCUGAUUUCAUGUAUACACUGAGUGUACAAAAAAUGUAGGACACCUUCCUGAUAUUGAGUUGCACCCCCCCUUUUGCCCUCAGAACAGCCUCAAUUCGUCGGGGCAUGGACUCUACAAGGUGUCGGAAAGCGUUCCACAGUGAUGCUGGCCCAUGUUGACUCCAAUGCUUUCCACAGUUGUGUCAAGUGGGCUGGAUGUCCUUUUGGGUGGUGGACCAUUCUUGAUACACACGGGAAACUGUUGAGCAUUAAAAAAAUCCAGCAGCGUUGCAGUUCUUGACACAAACCGGUGCACCUGGCACCUACUACCAUACCCCGUUCAAAGGCACAUAAUAUUUUGUCUUGCCCAUUCACCCUCUGAAUGGCACACAUACACAAUCCAUGCCUGAAUUGUCUCAAGGUUGAAAAAAUCCUUAUUUAACCACCUGUCUCCUCCCCUUCAGCUACACUGAUUGAAGUGGAUUUAACAGGUGACAUCAAUAAGGGAUCAUAGCUUUCACCUGGAUUCACCUGGUCAGUCUGUGUCAUGGAAAGAGCAGGUGUUCAUAAUGUUUUGUACACUCAGUGUAUAUUACCAUUAGUAUAUUACCACUAGUAUAUUACAAUAAGUAUUUAUAUAUUCCUGCUACCAGUCACUUUUCAGCCCUGUUUUCAUGUAUAUAUUAACAUAAGUAUUCAGCCCUGUUUACAUGUAUAUCUGCCUACAGUGACACUCUUGCACCCACACGUAUGCUGCUUAUUACUGCCAUACGGUUUACUAUUACUAUUAUUUAUCCUGCUACCAGUCACUUUCGCCUAAUCCCUGCCUACAUGUACAUAUUUACCUCAAUACUCCAGUAUCCCUGUAUAUAGCUGACCCUGUAUAUAGCUGACCCUGUAUAUAGCUGACCCUGUACAUAGCUGACCCUGUAUAUAGCUGACCCUAUAUAUAGCUGACCCUGUAUAUAGCUGACCCUGUAUUUACAUUUUAGUCAUUUAGCAGACGCUCUUUUCCAGAGCGACUUACAGUUAAUUGAGUGCAUACAUUUUCAUACUGGCCCCCCGUGGGAAUCGAACCCACAACCCUGGCGUUGCAAACGCCAUGCUCUACCAACUGAGCUACAUCCCUGCCGGCCAUUCUCUCCCCUACCCUGGACGACGCUGGGCCAAUUGUGUGCCGCCCCGUGGGUCUCCGGUCGCGGCCGGCUACGACAGAGCCUGGAUUCGAACCAGGAUCUCUAGUGACACAGCUAGCACUGUGAUGCAGUGCCUUAGACCACUGCGCCACUCGGGAGACUCGAGUGCCACUAGAGCUUCCUCUCUUAUUUAUUUAGUUUUUCUUAUUAGUUUUACCUUUUGAUAUUGAUUAUUGAUUAUAUUGAUUGUAGGGUUGCAAGUUAAGCAUUUCACUGUACUUGUGCAUGUGACAAAUUGAAACUUGAAUACGACAUGCACACGGCCCCUAAGCUAACUAUAGCCUCUCUGUGAGACGGAAGCAGGAAAUCACCCCACUGUGUUUGCUGAUGUGAUAUUGUCUAACUUUCACAUGAAAAUACCGGUUCAUGCACAAUUCAACACAAAUAUAACAUUCAUUGUAUAAUGAGAAGACAGCAUUAAGAGCAGAGUAUAUAUGUCUCUCACCUUUAAGGGUCCCGAUGCCCAGCGUAUAUUAACCUCUGCUCCUGGACACAGAGGAGACAGUGAACCUUUACGGGUCCCGAUGCCCAGCGUAUAUUAACCUCUGCUCCUGGACACAGAGGAGACAGUGAACCUUUACGGGUCCCGAUGCCCAGCGUAUCUUAACCUCUGCUCCUGGACACAGAGGAGACAGUGAACCUUUACGGGUCCCGAUGCCCAGUGUAUCUUAACCUCUGCUCCUGGACACAGAGGAGACAGUGAGACAGGCUCAGAGGGAGAGUGAGUAUAGGUGCUGCUCUGGGGAGGGAAGGGAGUUUUAGUACUUUAUGUUUUUUUAAGGAUGUGGGCCACAAACUGUUCCCAAAGCAGACCAUACCCAGUCCUACAACAACAACAAACAACAACAACAACAACAACAACAACAACAACAACAACACCAACAACACAAAUAAUUAUUGAGACUUACAGUACAACGAGUGCAUAUAUUUUCAGGACGACAAUUUUAGAACUUUUAAAGCCAAUCAGUAGUUUUGGUGUGGUGUGUGGUGUGUGUGGUGUGGUGGUGUGAUGUGGUGUGGUGGUGUGGGUGGUGGAUGUGGUGUGUGUUGUUGGGUGAGUGGUGGUGUUGUGGUGUGGUGUGAUGCUGGUGUGGUGUGGUGUGGUGUGGUGUGUGGUGUGGUGUGGUGUGGUGGUGAUGUGUGAUGCGUGUGGUGUGAUGUGAGUGAUGUGAUGGUGUGGGUGUGUGAUGUGGUGGGUGUGUGAUGGGGAUGUGAUGUGUGGGUGUGGUGGUGGUGUGGUGUGUGUGAUGUGAGUGCGUGUGGUGUGUGGGUGUGGUGUGUGUGUGGUGUGGUGUUUUGGUGUUGGAUGUGGUGGUGUGUUGUGUGCGUGUGGUGUGGUGUGAUGUGAUGUGGUGUGUGGUGUGGUGUGAUGUGGUGUGGUGUGUGUGGUGUGGUGUGGUGUGAUGUUGAUGUGUGUGAUGGUGUGGAUGUGUGUGGUGUGGUGUGGUGUGGGUGUGUGAUGGUGUGGUGGUGGGGUGGUUGUGGUGUGGUGUGGUGAUGGUGGGUGGUGAUGGUGGUGUGUGGUUGUGUGUGUGGGUGGGUGUGUGAUUGGUGUGGUGUGGAUGUGGUUGGUGGUGUGGUGAUGCGUGAUGUAUGUGAUGUGGAUGUGAUGUGUGUGUGUUGUGUGAUGUGGUGUGGUGUGGUUGUGUGUGGUGUAUGUGAUGCGUGUGGUGUGGUGGGGUGUGUGAUGGUGUGGUGUGUGGGGUGUGGUGUGUGUGAUGAGGUGUGGUGUGGUGUGUGUGUUGGUGUGUGUGUGUGGUGUGGUGUGGGUGUGAUGUGAUGUGAUGGUUGGUUGGUGUUGUGGUGUGUUGUGGUGUGUUUGUGGUGUGGUUGUGGUUGUGGGUGGAUGUGUUCGGACAGACCUGUUCAGGCACAUUCCUCAUGUAGGUGGUUGAUGUUAUGACAGGUGUGACAUCACUGUGUAACAGUCCGGCCUCCACCACUGUGUCAGACAGAGAAAGGUCACACCAUCAGCUUGCAUCAUGGGUGUUUGUGUACCUUUACAGUCUUUGGUGUGUACCAUAAGACCAUAGAUUUGGCCGUUUUGCACCUGACCAACAGUGUGUGAAUUUGAGGGUGUGUAAGUAGACUUAUUUGCCUUAGCAGUAUUUACAUUGCAAAGCAAUUUUCCCUAUUGGGAAAUUAAAGUAUUUAUUGAUUCGUUCAUUCAAACCUUGAAGACUUGUCUCUGUGCUCUCUUCUUGCGGUGAAUCCAGAGACAGUCUCUGGCAGACCGUGGAACUCCAGGCAGGGACAAUGGCACCCCCUGGCGGCUACAGGGAUAUUGGCUAAAGGCUGCUCACCAUCCGAUUUAAAGCACUUGUAGGGAUGAUCAAGACGCCUCAAUGCUUGUCUACAAAAGAGACUCUCCAUGUAAUUUUUUUAAAUGUUAUUUUUAAUAAUGAUUACAGGUCUUUCACACUAAACCUAUCUGGACUGGCUGUAAAAUCUCAAAUAAAUUAGAUUAUGAGAUUAGUUUAGCUAAAUCGCCCAAAAAGCUCUGAAUUCCUUUAGUGAAAUCUGAUCCCUAACACGGAAGAGACAUCCUCCAAAGCCCGUUACCUCCUCAAUCGAGAACUCCACUAUGCGCCCGCCGCCCAGCCAGACUCAACCCAACCCCCUUCCCAAACUCAUUCUUCCCCCUCCAAGAUGGAGGCUUUGGGGUGCUACCCGACCAAGCCAUCAAACCCGAGAGCCCGAAUGGUCAGGGUUCUACUGAGUAUGACGGUGUGCAUGGGAUGUUUAUUAAUGCUACAUAGUUUUCUCAAAAUCUCCAAGUCCAGGAAGCCGCAAGAUUUCUAUUCUUUUGAGGUGAAGGACGCCAAAGGGAGAAGCGUUUCUUUGGAGAAAUACCGAGGCAAAGUAAGUCCACAUCAGCAAAACUCAACGAGUAGACCAACUCUGUGUACUGCUGAAGUCAGUCAGUUUAUCUAAAAGGUUGAUAACUUGUUUCUGCUAACUCUGUGUACUGCUGAAGUCAGUCAGUUUAUCUAAAAGGUUGAUAACUUGUUUCUGACAUUUACAAUUCCCCGAUAUUUUUUUUUUUCUCCUGGUGCAGGCGUCUCUGGUUGUCAACGUGGCGAGCCACAGCGAACACACUGAGAAGAACUAUCGCUCUCUGCAGGAGCUGCACCGGGAAUUGGGUCCUUCCCAUUUCAACGUCCUGGCUUUCCCCUGCGGCCAGUUCGGGGACACGGAGAUGGGGGCCAGCCGGGACAUCGAGGCCUACGCCAAGAACACCUACGGCGUCACCUUCACCAUCUUCAGUAAGGUCAAAAUCAUGGGGUCGGAGGCAGAGCCAGCCUUCAAAUUCAUAACAGGUAAGCACAGUAGGCUUAUUAUAAGUCUGCAUCGCAGUGCUAGCUGUGCCACUAGAGAUCCUGGUUCGAAUCCAGGCUCUGUCGUAGCCGGCCGCGACCGGGAGACCCAUGGUGCGGCGCACAAUUGGUCCAGGGUAGGGGAGGGAAUGGCCGGCAGGGACGUAGCUCAGUUGAUAGAGCAUGGCGUUUGCAACGCCAGGGUUGUGGGUUCGAUUCCCACGGGGGGCCAGUAUGAAAAAUAAAAUAAAUAAAAAUAAUAAUAACUCACUAACUGUAAGUCGCUCUGGAUAAGAGCGUCUGCUAAAUGACUAAAAUGUAAAUGUAAUAAUAGUUUUCAUGGGCACUGUGUGUGUGGGAGGAAUUGCAGUUAUUAUGGCACAUUGGCACACAACACAACGAAGACAUUGGGCCUAAUGACCGUUUGUUUCCAUUCACCAUACAGAUUCUGUGAAGAAGGUUCCGAAGUGGAACUUCUGGAAGUUCCUGGUGAACCCUGAAGGCCAGGUGGUGAGAUACUGGAAGGCAGAGGAGCCCGCCGAGAGCGUGCGUAAGGAGGCCAUGACCAUGGUGCGCCAGAUUAUUCUCAAGAAAAGGACAGAGCUCUGAUGGGAUGGUGGGCUCAGAGAUGGUGAGGAGUGGAGUAAGGACACCCUCUGAAGUUUCCAGAGUUUGAAUGAAACGUUAUGAGGUAUUAAUUAAGAUACAAACUCAACUCUGUUGUUAGGUGCUGAGUGGGACUUUAGGCC